AUGCGUGAUUUAUCAGACAAAGUGUCAAUAACUCCAACUCACAAAUUAAAUAUUUAUGAUUUUAAUUUGAAUAAUUCCGGAAUUUAUACGUGUAAAUGUUCAAAUAUAUUAAAAAAAGAUAAUGUUUUUUUAUAUAUUCUUGAAGAUAAGUAUAUAUUGUACCUACCUACCAUUAAUGGCAUUUCCAUCUUUAUCGAUUCCGAUUCGAAAUUACUUAGUAAUUUAUUUUGA